AUGUUGCAUCGCCGUUAUACGUCCAUAGCGGAAGAACCCGAAAGUGGAGAAACCAGCUUACCAGAAGGUAAGAGAAGUGGUAGGCUCAUUUCUGUCGCUACGGUAGGGCUUAGUUUACGAAAGCCUUCUGUAUUUUAGGGCAAUAGCUAGAAAAAGUCAUCGACUGACUAACAAAGUUGUGGUCGACGGUACGCUCAAUUAACCCGUGCUUCGUUUUACGGUAUUUUCAAGCUACACAAGAACGAAAGACGUCGAGAAAAGGUUUUGAGGUCAAACCAGAGAAAAGAAUUCGGUCUCGUACAGAGGGCCGCGCUCUAACCAACUGUGCUAGUCCUACUCCGAUAAACAAACAGUAUUCAUAUCUCGGUUAAGAUACAGCUCAUGACUGUAUAGCGAUGAAUUUCUAGGAAGUGUAGGUUUAUAUUCUCGAAAGACAGGUUUCCAGGCCGAGCAGUCGGUGCUUCCCUGAGGCGCUGUGCCACUCGGGUUUCCAAACAGUUUUAAGACUUCAUAAUUAGGGGAGUUCUUCGAUGUUUGAACCUCGGAACAAGAAAAAAGGCGUGAAAACAUAAAACCCUUGACAACCCUUAAAGGGCUCUACUGAGAUCAGCAUGCAAUUCUUUACACUCUGUUUCGUACAUUUCCUAUGGUAUUAAUGUAGAGAAUUUGUUUUAAUAUCAAGACUUUUUUCAGUUGUUGCUUAUUUCUGUUUUCUCAUGACCUUUAAGUUUGAGAAGUAGUACUAUUUCAUGAAACUAUAUUCCUUACAGUAGAUAAUAAGCAAAUAACGUUUCUGAAAAAGCUGGAGAAAUGAAGGUUUCUUAUAAGCGGGUUUUACUGUACUGUGACACUGCAUACCAAUGUUUGCAAAGUGUAAAUGUUGUUAUCUAAGUGAAAAAUUGGUUUACAUUUCAAGGAAUGACAAACGCCCGUAAAUAAACUUACUUUAAUUUUUAUUUUAGUGUUUGCUUAUUAUUUUAUAUUUCAGAGAGAAAUCUCAAAGAAACAACAGACGACAAAAAUCUCAGUUUUACGACAACGCGAAACAGCGAGUCCUCCAGCCGACAAUCAGCGACAAGUGCCCGAUUGUCGACCUCGGAACUCACCGAAAACUCACUGGACGAAUCGGAAAGCGAUCGGCUUUCGUUGUCAGAGGACGAAGAUUUAUUCGCCGAAGAAGCCGAAAACAAGUCCCAAAGAAAAGACAAACGGGCGUCAAGUAAACAAAGCAACAGUUACCUACACCGAGCGUCGAAAUACGAAGAAGAGAUCUUGAAGUCAGUGAAAUUAACUCCUGAUCAAAUUCGUGAGAUAAAAGAAGCCUUCCAUGUUUUUGAUAACAAUGGCGACGGAUGUAUUACCGCCACAGAACUGAAAAAACUGGUCACCUCGCUUGGUUAUAAUAUAACAGAAGCAGAGCUUAUGGACAUGAUGAACCAAAUAGGUAAACUGAAGUAUGAAGGUUGCGCCAGCUCUCUGUCGUUAUCUUCAAAAAACGCUUUGAGUAACCUCGUUCAUAUUUUGGGGACAAAAAAAGUACAUAACAUACUGAAAUAGAUAAACUUAAGCAAUGUUUACAAUAAAACGGGAAGCUUUUCCGCCGCCACAAAAACCAGACUGGAUAGGGAUUCUGUUCACACAUAAGAACGGUGAUUUCUACGCGAUUUCUCUGACUGAGCGAAUCUGCGCUGCGCGGCUCUGUAAACUGAAGAGUCACAUAUCGGAUAGUGUUCACAGUAUACCGUAUAGCCUUUUGUGUCGUCACAAAAAGCUCUUCGGUAUAGUGUAACGGUAUAGUGUCAUGGCCUUACAAGAAAAAAGCCGAGCGAACAUGAAUGCUAACCAACACUGAACGACCAAAAUGACCAACCAUCGAAGUCAGGGGUGGGGGAGGGAAAAGACCCCCCUCUCUGUUUACCACGAGAGCUUGUUCGCAGGCGUAAUUUUCGUCCCUUAACGAGCCACGGCGCGUCUCUAUCGUUUCGUCAGAAUAUUUAACUCGGACUAAUUCGCCACCGAUUACAUUUUCCGUGUCUGUCGAUGAGAUCUGGGGACUCUUAAGUUCUGAUUUUACGUUUAAAAUAUGUUCUUGAUGUUUCGUUUUUAGAUGCAGACGGUAACGGCGCCAUUGACUUCCCAGAAUUCCUCGCAUUGAUGACAAAAAAUCUAGAAGACUGUGAUCCGGAAGACAUUUUACUGGAAUCUUUCAAGGUGUUCGACAGGGACGGCAGUGGUUUCAUAGGCGUUACUGAACUCGACCGAGUCUUCAAGCUGCUCGGUCAAGACUUCAAAGAUUACGAGAUCGAGGCCAUGAUAAAGGCCGCUGACGCCGAUGGCGACGGGCUCGUAGGUUGGGAAGACUUCACAAAAAUGAUGAACGUUUAAAUGGAUUGGACAUUGGGGGACUCUCGAGAAGUAACGCGAGAGCCUCACGCGAAAGGAAACUCGGGUGUGAGGGCGCGUUGUUUCGCGUUUCGCUUCGCUCGCCAUUACGGGAGAGCUUGCUGGCAGGCAAGAAUAUUACAACGAAAAAAACGACGUGACCUUGGAGCUUAAGUUAUUACAUACUAAUGAAGUAUUAUGGAAAAAAGUAUGAGAUACUAAACAAAAUUAAAAUAUGUCGAAUAUAUAGAACUCUUUGUACUUUCUAGCCAGCAAACUAGCCUGAAAUAUUUCGUCAGCUUGGAGGUUUAUUUAUCUCGGCAAAGUUAUCAAAACCAAUUUUUUUCAGAUUUGAAUGGAAACGACGGAACAAAUAAAAUUGCUCCCUGCGUGGAAAACGUUCAUUGGGAUUUCCUAAAAAAUCCCUUCCACUACUCCUUUCUUGGCGAAGGGGGGGGGGGGGGGGGUUGCGUUUGGCAACGAGACAAAAAGGGCUUCGCGGGAGACUAGGGUAAACGUCAUUUAAAGAAUUUUUCACAACUGACGAUUUGACUUACGUUAAGAAUAAUUCCGAGCAACUUUUGGUUGAAAAAUGGCGAAGACAAGUUUUGAACGCUUAAAACCUUUUUUUCAAACAAUGAAUCUAAAUCUAAAGCAUCUCUAGUAAGCAUCAAAUUUUAAACGCUGAAAACAACCCUUUUCUUUCGUUUUACAGCUGUGUACUAUUCUAAAAAAUUCCAACGAUAUUGGCUACGUGACCAAUUUUCAUUUAAUUAUCUUUUAUUUUGCCACCAGCUUUAACUCUUAAAAGAAACGAUUCAAUCUUCAUAAACUUGAAAACAAAAGCGAAGUAAUGAUGAAAGGCCAAAAACAGUACUUAGCCCACCUUCGGAUCCAAAUAAUUAACCUUCUUUUAAAAACCUGCAUGUAAAUCAGACGAAUUAGGUCAUCUUUUGUUGGCUUGACAAUAGAAUACGAUGUUAACAAUGUGCAUCUCGUUAAAUGCGAAACUCGUUUUGCGAAUAAGACCAGCCGUCUUCUGCACGAGCAAAAAGAAAUUCAGAUAAAGUAGAGCUUGUGCUGAGGGCGAUGUAGCACUCGCAAUAGCUGUACGUUUUUGGCGAUAGCCUUAAAAUGUCAGUAUUCAACAACCAACGACAAGCGAACAUAAGAGUGGUUUUUCGCAAAUUUGACAAAGAUUCCGACGGAUUUAUAACUGUUAAAGACCUCAUUAGCGUUUUCAGGGAACUUGGCGAGGAAGUCAGAGAAGAUGAACUGAGAGAGCACUUUCAUAACGCAGGUAGGGGACAUGGAUGUGAAAAAAAGAAUUUCGAUAAGUAUGAUCUUUUACUGCGGCGUAAAAAGAUGCAAAUGUAAGGUUAAAGAGGUAACUGGUUACUUCUCAGCAAACCUCAUUAUCGGAAUCUUCUAUCACGUUCUGAUAACUGUUAGGUCUACAAAGAAAUUUCCCAAGUUUCUGAAGUUAGACACUACUUAAAAGCUCACAGUUUAGCAAUUCCACUGACUGGCUAAGAUUAUGCUUUUGAUCCUUACAUAGUACACAACCGGGAGAGAGUAAUCCAAGACUUAACUACAUGGAGACUACUUAAUCAACCUUGUAUCAUUACUUUUAAAUAAAUCAUUUCGAUCUCUUAUUAAAUCCUCUAUCACACCCAUUUCUUGUAAUUACAAAUGUAGGAGGGUCAAAUAGGAUAAACUACAUCUCACCUACCAAUAUUAGAGCCAGUGUUGAAACUUACCCUCCCCAGCUACAUAAACUACUGUAAUUCUCUCCCCCUUCCAUCCCUGACAUUUUAUGCCCCCCCCCCGCUCGAGGUUCACGUAUUUCUAGUUAUUUUUAAAUAAAUCAUUUCGAUAUUUAGCAUUAAACUGUCAUGGUUCACAGUGAUAUGCCAUCGAGUCAACUCGUCGCUUUAACAAGCUUCCUUUUUCUCGUUUAUUUUCAGGCCUGGGACACCGACCAAACACGCUUAUAUCUUAUGAUAUUUUUCAGCAGAUAUCCAAAAAAAUCCUGCGUGAAUCGAGAAAGGAACGACGUCUUAAAAGGGUGUUUCAAGAGUUCGACGCGGAAAAGAAAGGCUACAUCGAAGGGCAUGGGAUAAGACGGGUUCUUCGAAGACUUCACAUUGAUCAUACAGAGUCAGAUAUAGACUUAAUGAUGAAAAUGGCAGAUACAAAGGGGGACGGAAGGGUAGAUUUUGAAGAAUUUCUCCAGAUUUUCAACGACUCAGAUGAUAUUUAA